CACACCCUCCGCCCGGACGCCUCUCCCGCCGCGGUCCUCGUCCUCCAGGCUGCGGGCUCCCGACCCCCGGCGCUGACGUAAGUCCCUCCUUCGAUCCACCUCCAGCCGCUGCCCCUCUGCCCAGCGCCGGGCUCAGAUGUCGCCCUCUGGCCGCCUGUGUCUCCUCACCGUCCUCGGCCUCUUUCUCCCCACCAGAGGACAGACGUUGGAAGAGACCACCUCCAUUUCUACAGUGGACCCAACUAUUUUGGGCACCCAUGGCCCGAUGCAAGUCCCAGGUUCAGUCCACCCGGAAGUCCAGUCCACCCCUCAGACCUGGACCCAGCCUACUGAAGAAACAACACAAACCCAGAACAGGACCGAGACCCAGAAGCCGACAGGAAUGGACGUGACAGACCCAGGGACAGGAAUGGACGUGACAGACCCAGGGACGCUCACGAGCAGCAAGGAAGGCACCACAGAGCUCACUGGGAGGCCAUCCCCAAGCAAAGACGUCAUGAUGGACCCCCUGACCCCCAGCUCAUCAGGUUCGGAUGAGGACAACCCCUUCUACUACGAUGAGGCCACUCUCCGGAGGCGGGGACUCCUGGUGGCAGCUGUGCUGUUCAUCACGGGCAUUAUCAUCCUCACCAGUGGCAAGUGCAGGCAGCUGUCCCAAUUGUGCCGGCAUCAACGCAGAGCCUACAGAGUGGUCAGUAGAAGAAGCCCCGCCUGAGAGGGAAGACCCCAUGGACGGAGCCAGACCUGGGCUGACCCCGAGUCCCACCUGCCCGCUGCCGCCCCGGGGGAAUGCCGGCUCCCUGGGCACCGCCCCUUAAGUGACCCGCUCUGUUGGGACAAAAAUAAAGCACAUGGUCCACCUCC